AACGAAGGGGGCGUGUAGGAGGCGUCUCCAGCUCACCGUCCUCCUCACCCUACCCCUGUAAGAAGGCCACGCUUCGUCUCUGAACUCCGUUCUUUGCCGAUCGACUUAUCUCAGUUGACGAGUUUUUACGAAUCACCACGGGUUCCUUCGUGCACGUGUUGUCACGAUCUGUCGGCGGGAAGGUGAGAGGGAUACUCCAUCGAGGUAAAUGCAAUCAAUAUCUGUUAUUUAACAACGCUUUCGCUUUUUCUUUGCCUUUGAGAAAUAGUCACUUACGUAAUGGCGACUCGUAGUCGCGUUUUUUUUUUCCCAAUGACCUUUAAAAAAUGGUGAACCAUUCCUAAUGAACCAAGUGGAAUGUCAUCCGAUAGUUCUCCAUGAACCGAUUUCCCUGAUCAUCGACAGAGGAAUUUCCCUUUCUGUUUCCUCAUUGAGGAAACGGAAAUAAAUCGUUAAAGCACUCUUAAUUCUUAGUUUGAUGUAGCUUUAAACUACCACCUCAAAUGUUCUCUAAUUUUCGACCGAAAACAAAGCUAGCUGCAUGGUUGAUAUCAUACAAAGCUGGGUCGAUGUUUACGAAAAAUAAUGUAUCUCCGAUUCAUGGAGAUGCUUGGGCUCCUUAUUCUUUUUUAUUCUACUGAAAAUUCAAACAUGUGUCUUGAAUAAAAUUAGGAUGAAAGCCACAUGUUAUGAUCGUCAGACAGGUUUGGACCUAUCACCCAGUUUCCCUCGAUAAUGUCUCCCAAAUCCCCCCUACUCUCCACUUGUUAAAUGAUUGAAUCAUAGUUGGAGCAUUGAAAAGAGAUGCUUGGAAAAUACCCAAAAUUUUGUUUGGUGCAGAACUUAUUAAUUUUUCUGCAAAUGAUUACCUGUAAUAAUGAUGGUAAUUUUUUAUUUUUCAGGAAAUUGUGUGGGUUUCAGUUGGUUAGCAGUCAUGGCUGAGUUAGAACUGAAAAAUGACCUUCCAGAAGCCAAAAAACCCUUAAUUUCACCUAAGAUAGGUACACACAAUGGAACCUUUCACUGCGAUGAAGCCCUUGCUUGCUUUAUGCUGAAACAGCUUCCAGAGUAUAGACAUGCUGACAUUGUGCGAACAAGAAAUCCAGAAGAGCUGGAAAAGUGUGAUGUUGUAGUAGAUGUUGGGGGUGUGUAUGAUCCAGAGAAACAUCGAUAUGACCAUCAUCAAAGGUGUGUUAACUAGCUGUCCUGAAAGACAAAGAAAUGGGUAUAAUUUUUUCUAUUUUCUUGGAUGAAUUUCACUCUGCUGCUCUGAGCAGUGUGUUUGUGGUAAAUUUUUUUUUUAUGACAUUCUGGACAUUUGUUCCUGAGCUUUAAUCAAUGGAAAAAAAACUUGGGAUGCUCAAAUAGAAAUAAUGAGUAAAUAAAUGCAAGUUUAUAAAAGCGAGUAAAAUAUCUCCACACAGGAUAAUAGAUUAAUGUUUAUCCACAACCUUUUUUCUUUUCCUUUUUUUUUUUUUUUUACCUGAUAGGAGCUUUACAGAUUGUAUGAACACCCUUCGUCCAAGUAAGCCAUGGGUAACCAAACUUAGCAGUGCUGGGCUGGUUUAUCUUCAUUUUGGACACCGGUUGGUCUCACAAGUGUUGAAGACUAAAGAAAAUGAUGCUGUGACCAAUGAGAUCUAUGACAAAAUCUACGAAAAGUUCAUUCAGGAAAUUGAUGCUAUUGACAAUGGGAUCAGUCAGAGUGAUGAUGAACCACGGUAUAUGAAAACAUUGGAGACAGUAUUUAAUCCCUUAACCCUUAAGAGAGACCAACAUCUAAUUUCUCCCCACAAUAUCACCCCUAAAUCAAAAUUUAAGGACACAAGAAUAAAGGAAAUGAUCACGAACUAAAGAAGCUCUUGAUUGUUGGACAAAUUCUCUUUGUCAGCUCUUAAGGAAGUAAAAGAGAACAGUAUAGAGAAUAUGCAUACUGAUGUUUGGGUGAAAAGGGUCACCAGUAACAUGAAAUACUUACUUUAGAUACAUUAUCCUUUGAUAACGCAGCAGGGCUGUUCUUGAAUACCUUUUGAUUUGACAAUUAGGACCCAAGGGAGGGAGGGGUAAGUGCAACUUAAAAUACUCGACAAGUAGUAUAUGUCAGUUGUGAAUAAGCAUUCAUAACUGACUUAUGCUUCUUGGGAAAGCCAAGAAAUUUGACCAAUCAGUUUUUACAAACCAGACUAAAAACACUUGACUGACAAACAGUUCCUCAGUUGACUCAGAUGUUGACUUCUGUUCAGUUUGGUAAAGCAACAGAGUGACCUUUUUUUUUGAUGCGACCAAAUUAUUUGUGAUAAUUUUAUUGUUUUUAAUGAAUAGUUUUCUUAAUAACACAGCUAUUGCAUCACAACAAACCUGAGCUCCCGCAUAUCACAUCUUAAUCCAUCCUGGAAUGAUCCAAAUCCAAAUGCUGAGGUUGGUGUUCCACUAUGUCAAAAUAUGAUUUUUAGAUUAUGGUCUUACUCGUUGUUCAUAUCAAAAGCCUUUCAACUUUUUUCUUUUCUUCUAUAGCUACAAUUUCAAAAGGCUGUGAAUUUAGUUGGAGAGGAGCUGUUAAAUAGAAUUUGUUACUACAGGGAUGCAUGGCUUCCUGCAAGGAGUUUGGUUGAAGUAGCAAUAAUGAAAAGAAAAGAGGUUAGUUUUUAGUGAAAUUCAACUCCACUUGGAAGAUUGCUGACUUUGAAAGCAUAAAUUUAAAUUUGGGUCACAGGCUCUCUCGGCUUGCUCAUGCCCUAUGAAAAAUUCUUGUUAAACAGUUAAUAAAUUAGUCUACUGGGUGAUCAAAAUAUAAUUUCUCCUAUAUCCAAUACAACAUUAAGCAGACAAAUGAUUGAAAAUUUAAAUUAGGGAAUUAAUAGCUGAUCCAAAACCAAGUUAUCUUAACUAACAUUAUAAGAAUUGUUUGGCACGCAGUAAGGAGAAUAACUACUGCAAUCUUGAGAGUGAAGGAUUCAAAAGUGGAUAUCUUAACCCAGAGUGCCCCUAAUUGGGAGAAAAAGAUGAAACUGUCACAGUACUGAAAAAUAAAAAAAAAAUCAGUGAUUUGAAAUUUCUUUGCAAGGUUGAUCCAAGUGGAGAGAUCAUUGAGCUUCAAGAAAGGGGUUGUCCAUGGAAGGAACACUUGUUUGAAUUAGAGAAGGACUUGAACAUUGAUGUACCAAUAAAAUUUGCCAUAUACACAGACCAAAACAACAACUGGAGGGUGCAGGUGAGUUCCACAUUAUGUACAAACAAUCCCCUUCCUUCCUCAAAUCAUGUAUAAUCCACAAAAUGACAAUUAUUGCUCAUGGGAGAAAGGGAAGCUUGGCAUAUACAUUUAAACUCCCUGCCAUGCAAACCACUUGUCAAGUAAGCUACAGCCGAACUUGUGUUAAGCAGUCACGUAAUACAGGACAGGGUGACCACUUCAUACAGGAUGACCACUUAAUACAAGAUGACCGACACCAUAUGGGUGUCACAAAAUACAAUUAAAAAAAUGCCAUUUUAUGCCAUAAUUGAGCACUAAAUGCAGAAAAACUUGCUCAAAAAUACUACCAAUAUUUAUUUUGGGAGAUUAAAUUGGAUUAAAGUUUACUUGAAGGUGUGCUCUUAGUUUUAUUUGAGUGGCAACACUGCUAGUGACUGUUCAAUACAGGUUGAGGGCAAAGUUGGGACUCAAUAAAGGGUGACCAUAAUGGCUUAACUCUUUAACCCCUAAGAGUGACUGGCAUCUAAUUUCUCCUUACCAUAUCACUCCUGAAUCAAACAUUAAGGUUAGGAGAAUAAAUGAGCUGAUCACUGACUAAGGAAGCUCUUGAUCAUUGGGCAAAUUCUCCAUGUUGGCAUCUUAGGAAAUGUUUAGAGGACAGUAUGGAGAAUGUGCAUACUGAUGUUAGGAUGUAAAGGGUUAAUAAAGGUGACCACUUAAUAGUCUGAGGUGAAAAUGUAAGUGAUUUUGGUGAUAAAAUUUGGGACUUUGAAAACCAGCUGCUUAAUGGUGCUUCUUAGUUGGGUUCAACUGUACUUAGAUAUCUGGGCUUUGGUUCACUCUUCUCCUUUACCCUGUUAUUGAGGUUUUUAACAGUUUUUACAUUUUAUGUGAAGUUUUUGUAUACAAAAUUAAAUUUUCAAUUUGUUCUCUCUUCAGUGUGUUUCCGUGCGUCCUGAUUCCUUUGUUAACAGGUAUAUUAUGAGUCCAUUUUAAAAUAAAAGAAAUGUUUAAAUGAAUUAUGAUGGUCAUGCUUAUUACCAAAUCUCUUCAAUCUGUUUCUUUUUCAGACUUAGCUUGUUAGAGGAAUGGCGUGGAGUAAGAGAUGAACAGCUCAGUUCACUGAGUGGAAUAAAAGGCUGCAUAUUUGUUCAUGCCAGUGGUUUCAUUGGAGGAAAUGAGACAAGAGAAGGAGCUUUAGAAAUGGCAAGAAAGACUCUACAGCACCGAGACAGUUUUGCAAAUGGAAAGUGUUACUCUGAUUCAGAAUUAAUGCAAGUUGAAAGCAAAGAAAAUUAACUUCAGACUUCCAGAGUGCAUUGUAAAAAUUUGAUGUCAUCUGUGUAAUACUGUGCCAAUAGUGAUGUAUGUGGUGUUAAGAACAUAUCUUGCUGAGGAAAGUGUGAAAACAACCACUUAAAAAAAAAUAUGUAUUUGCUAUGGAAUUGUGUGUUUCACUUAAAGAGAAACUUCCACUAAGUUAGUCUCUGUGGCAGUUUUUAUUUAAAGAAAAAACUUUCUUAUCAACCUACUUCACAUAAAAUGUGUAUGUGAAUUUAUUUUCUUUAUUUAGAAAAAAAAAGACAUAGAAAAAUUUAAACUUACCCUUUUCCGCCCUAAGAGUGAUAAGUAUCUAAUUUCUCCCAGUAGUAUCACCCAUGAAUCAAACAUUAAGAUAGAGAGAUUGAAGGAAAUGACUGCAAACUACACUUAGCUCUUGAUUAUUAUACAAAUUCUCUUUGUAAGUACCACAGGAAAUGUAUAGAUAACAGUAUGGAGAACUUGCUUACUGAUGUUUGGUUGUAAAGAGUUAGAAUGAUAUUUAAAAAGAGGAAUAAGAAAGGCCUUUCUGUGGAACUUAAAACUAAGUAAGUAGUCAAGUGUUGGAUGUUGUCCCUGAGUAGCAUAGUGUUAUAAAGUCAGACAUGUAAAUCAAGCGAGGCUAGCUAUGCUAUGAUAAUUUAGUUUUCUGAGCUUUCACCGAUCUACAGCAUCAUCAGGGAAGAUUCCAUCUACAUUCCAGCAAAAGCUCGGAAAACUAAAUUAUCAUAGCAUACCUGGCCU